AUGAACACAAUUAAAUUAAAGAAAAAAGAGAUUGGGCACAAGCAAUGUCGGGAACUUCUGGAGACAGCAUCACAGGAUAUCCGGGGCAGUGGAGAUAGCAGCACAUUGAACCAGGGAGAUAGCAGCACAUUGAACCAGGAAGGUAGCAGCACAUUGAACCAGGAAGAUAGGAGCACAUUGUACCAGGGAGAUAGCAGCACGUUGUACCAGGGAGAUAACAGCACAUUGUACCAGGGAGAUAACAGCACAUUGUACCAGGGAGAUAACAGCACAUUGUACCAGGGAGAUAACAGCACAUUGUACCAGGGAGAUAACAGCACAUUGUACCAGGGAGAUAACAGCACAUUGUACCAGGGAGAUAGGAGCAUAUUGUACCAGGGAGAUAACAGCACAUUGUACCAGGGAGAUAACAGCACAUUAUACCAGGGAGAUAACAGCACAUUGUACCAGGGAGAUAGGAGCACAUUGUACCAGGGAGAUAACAGCACAUUGUACCAGGGAGAUAGGAGCACAUUGUACCAGGGAGAUAACAGCACAUUGUACCAGGGAGAUGGCAAUAGCAGCACGUUGAACCAGGGAGAUAGCAACAGCGCAUUGAACCAGGGAGAUAGCAGCAACACAUUGUACCACGGAGAUAGCAGCACAUUGCACCAAGGAGAUAGCAGCACGUUGCAACAGGGAGAUAGCAGCAGCACAUUGAAGCAGGGAGAAAGCAGCACAUUGAACCAGGGAGAAAGCAGCACAUUGAACCAGGGAGAUAGCAGCACAUUGAACCAGGGAGAUAGCAGCAACACAUUGAACCAGGGAGAUAGCAGCAGCACAUUGAAGCAGGGAGAUAGCAGCAACACAUUGAACCAGGGAGAAAGCAGCACAUUGAACCAGGGAGAUAGCAGCAACACAUUGAACCAGGGAGAUAGCAGCAGCACAUUGAACCAGGGAGAUAGCAGCAACACAUUGAAGCAGGGAGAUAGCAACACAUUGAAGCAGGGAGAUAGCAGCACAUUGAACCAGGGAGAAAGCAGCACAUUGAACCAGGGAGAUAGCAGCAACACAUUGAACCAGGGAGAUAGCAGCUGCACAUUGAACCAAGGAGAUAGCAGCAACACAUUGAACCAGGGAGAUAGCAGCACGUUGAAUCAGGGAGAUAGCAGCACAUUGUACCAGGGAGAUAGCAGCACAUUGUACCAGGGAGAUAGCAGCAGCACAUUGUACCACGGAGAUAGCAGCACAUUGCACCAAGGAGAUAGCAGCACGUUGCAACAGGGAGAUAGCAGCAGCACAUUGAACCAAGGAGAUAGCAGCAACACAUUGUACCAGGGAGAUAGCAGCAGCACAUUGUACCAGGGAGAUAGCAGCAGCACAUUGUACCACGGAGAUAGCAGCACAUUGCACCAAGGAGAUAGCAGCACGUUGCAACAGGGAGAUAGCAGCAACACAUUGAAGCAGGGAGAUAGCAGCACAUUGAACCAGGGAGAAAGUAGCACAUUGAACCAGGGAGAUAGCAGCACAUUGCGCCAAGGAGAUAGCAGCAACACAUUGAACCAGGGAGAUAGCAGCACAUUGAACCAGGGAAAAAGCAGCACAUUGAACCAGGGAGAUAGCAGCACAUUGUACCAGGCAGAUAGCAGCGCAUUGCACCAGGGAGAUAGCAGCAGCACAUUGCAACAGGGAGAUAGCAGCAGCAAAUUAAACCAGGGAGAUAGGAGCACAUUGCACCAGGGAGAUAGGAGCACAUUGCACCAGAGAGAUAGCAGCUCAUUGUACCAGGAAGAUAGCAGCACAUUGAACCAGGGAGAUAGACGCACAUUGAACCAGGGAGGUAAGUGCACAUUGUACCAAGGAAAUAGCAGCACAUUGUACCAGGGAGAUAACAGCACAUUGAACCAGGGAGAUAGCAGCAGCACAUUGAACCAGGGAGAUAGCAGCACAUUGAACCAGGAAGAUAGCAGCGCAUUGCACAAGGGAGAUAGCAGCAGCACAUUGCAACAGAGAGUUAGCAGCAUAUUGAACAAGGGAUAUAGCAGCACAUUGCAACACGGAGAUAGCAGCAGCGCAUUGAACCAGGGAGAUAGCAGCAGAACAUUGAACCAGGGAGAUAGCAGCAGCACAUUGAACCUGGGAGAUAUCAGCAGAACAUUAAACCAGGGAGAUAAAAGCAGCACAUUGUACCAGGGAGAUAGCAGCAGCACAUUGUACCAGGGAGAUAGCAGCACAUUGCGCCAGGGUAAUAGCAGCAGCACAUUGAACCUGGGAGAUAGCAGCAGCACAUUGCACCAGGGUAAUAGCAGCAGCACAUUGAACCAGGAAGAUAGCAGCAGUAUAUUGCAACAGGGAGAUAUCAGCACAUUGCACCAGGGAGAUAGCAGCAGAACAUUGUACCAUAGAUAUAUCAGCACAUUGCACCAGGGAUAUAACAACAGCGCAUUGAACCAGGGACAUAACAGCAAAACAUUGUACCAUGGAGAUAGCAGCAGCACAAUGCACCAGGGAUAUAACAGCAGCGCAUUGAACCAGGGAGAUAGCAGCUGCACAUUAAGCCAGGGAGAUAGCAGCUGCACAUUGAGCCAGGGAGAUAGCAGCAGCGCAUUGAGCCAGGGUGAUAUCAGCUGCACAUUGAGCCAGGGAGAUAGCAGCAGCACAUUGAACCAGGGAGAUAGCAGCUGCACAUUGAGCCAGGGAGAUAGCAGCAGCACAUUGAGCCAGGGAGAUAGCAGCAGCGCAUUGAGCCAGGGUGAUAUCAGCUGCACAUUGAGCCAGGGAGAUAGCAGCAGCACAUUGAACCAGGGAGAUAGCAGCACAUUGUACCAGGGAGAUAACAGCACGUUGUACCAGGGAGAUGGCAGAGAUAGCAGCACGUUGCAACCGGGAGAUAGCAGCAGCACAUUGAAGCAGGGAGAAAGCAGCACAUUGAACCAGGGAGAAAGCAGCACAUUGAACCAGGGAGAUAGCAGCACAUUGAACCAGGGAGAUAGCAGCAGCACAUUGAAGCAGGGAGAUAGCAGCAACACAUUGAACCAGGGAGAAAGCAGCACAUUGAACCAGGGAGAUAGCAGCAACACAUUGAACCAGGGAGAUAGCAGCAGCACAUUGAACCAGGGAGAUAGCAGCAACACAUUGAAGCAGGGAGAUAGCAACACAUUGAAGCAGGGAGAUAGCAGCACAUUGAACCAGGGAGAAAGCAGCACAUUGAACCAGGGAGAUAGCAGCAACACAUUGAACCAGGGAUAUAGCAGCUGCACAUUGAACCAAGGAGAUAGCAGCAACACAUUGAAGCAGGGAGAUAGCAGCACAUUGAACCAGGGAGAAAGCAGCACAUUGAACCAGGGAGAUAGCAGCAACACAUUGAACCAGGGAGAUAGCAGCACGUUGAAUCAGGAAGAUAGCAGCACAUUGUACCAGGGAGAUAGCAGCACAUUGUACCAGGGAGAUAGCAGCAGCACAUUGUACCACGGAGAUAGCAGCACAUUGCACCAAGGAGAUAGCAGCACGUUGCAACAGGGAGAUAGCAGCAGCACAUUGAACCAAGGAGAUAGCAGCAACACAUUGUACCAGGGAGAUAGCAGCAGCACAUUGUACCAGGGAGAUAGCAGCAGCACAUUGUACCACGGAAAUAGCAGCACAUUGCACCAAGGAGAUAGCAGCACGUUGCAACAGGGAGAUAGCAGCAACACAUUGAAGCAGGGAGAUAGCAGCACAUUGAACCAGGGAGAAAGUAGCACAUUGAACCAGGGAGAUAGCAGCACAUUGCGCCAAGGAGAUAGCAGCAACACAUUGAACCAGGGAGAUAGCAGCACAUUGAACCAGGGAAAAAGCAGCACAUUGAACCAGGGAGAUAGCAGCACAUUGUACCAGGCAGAUAGCAGCGCAUUGCACCAGGGAGAUAGUAGCAGCACAUUGCAACAGGGAGAUAGCAGCAGCAAAUUAAACCAGGGAGAUAGGAGCACAUUGCACCAGGGAGAUAGGAGCACAUUGCACCAGAGAGAUAGCAGCACAUUGUACCAGGAAGAUAGCAGCACAUUGAACCAGGGAGAUAGACGCACAUUGAACCAGGGAGGUAAGUGCACAUUGUACCAAGGAAAUAGCAGCACAUUGUACCAGGGAGAUAACAGCACAUUGAACCAGGGAGAUAGCAGCACAUUGAACCAGGAAGAUAGCAGCGCAUUGCACAAGGGAGAUAGCAGCAGCACAUUGCAACAGAGAGUUAGCAGCAUAUUGAACAAGGGAUAUAGCAGCACAUUGCAACACGGAGAUAGCAGCAGCGCAUUGAACCAGGGAGAUAGCAGCAGAACAUUGAACCAGGGAGAUAGCAGCAGCACAUUGAACCUGGGAGAUAUCAGCAGAACAUUAAACCAGGGAGAUAAAAGCAGCACAUUGUACCAGGGAGAUAGCAGCAGCACAUUGUACCAGGGAGAUAGCAGCACAUUGCGCCAGGGUAAUAGCAGCAGCACAUUGAACCUGGGAGAUAGCAGCAGCACAUUGCACCAGGGUUAUAGCAGCAGCACAUUGAACCAGGAAGAUAGCAGCAGUAUAUUGCAACAGGGAGAUAUCAGCACAUUGCACCAGGGAGAUAGCAGCAGAACAUUGUACCAUAGAUAUAUCAGCACAUUGCACCAGGGAUAUAACAACAGCGCAUUGAACCAGGGACAUAACAGCAAAACAUUGUACCAUGGAGAUAGCAGCAAUAUAUUGCACCAGGGAGAUAGCAGCAGCACAAUGCACCAGGGAUAUAACAGCAGCGCAUUGAACCAGGGAGAUAGCAGCUGCACAUUAAGCCAGGGAGAUAGCAGCUGCACAUUGAGCCAGGGAGAUAGCAGCAGCGCAUUGAGCCAGGGUGAUAUCAGCUGCACAUUGAGCCAGGGAGAUAGCAGCAGCACAUUGAACCAGGGAGAUAGCAGCUGCACAUUGAGCCAGGGAGAUAGCAGCAGCACAUUGAGCCAGGGAGAUAGCAGCAGCAUAUUGAGCCAGGGAGAUAGCAGCAGUAUAUUGCACCAUGGAGAUAGCAGCAGCAUAUUGCACCAGGGAGAUAGCAGCAGCAUAUUGCACUAG